AUGUCCAGUCGUCAAUCGAGGUUGGAGGCAGAGAAAUUGGCAAUCAUCCAGAAAUCCAUGUCCAGGGGACGCUCCAGAUCCCCUUCUAAUAGCAAUAGCAGGUCGUCGUCCACUCUGAAUGACGACUUCAACAAUAAAGAUAUGAAGUGGUCGAUCACCAACCACGAUCCUCUGGAAAGGUUGCGAGACCCAAGCAAAUCACAGGAAGAGGAGGACGCAGCCAAUGCCCUCUGGGACAACGAGGUGUCUGAGGAGGAGCACAUUAGUGACGAUGAUGAGAAUGAGAAGUUUCAAUAUGACGGCACGGGAAACAUUUUGCCGAACUACGCAUGUCAAGAUGAAAAGAUCCUGGAGAUCUCAACGAUUUUACAGAAUUCGAACUUGAACGACAGACAAACGAUCAAGAAGCUCGAGGAGUUGACUGCCACGGAGCGGGCAGUGGCUAAUGCCAAGAACAUCGGCAGCGCCGUAGACGAUGAUAUCGUUGAGAAACUCACGCAAAACAAGCAUGCUCUCACGGGAAAGGACGGCUUGGACCUCUACAACUCCGACCAGGAUGCGGAGUCCAGAAGACAAAAGUUGGAAACGUACCAGGCGUACAGACGAAAGAUCAUUGACCAAGAGAAUGAGCAGUUAAGGGGCCCUCAUCAGGUCGGCUCUCCUACCGGCAAAAAAGACAACGGGCAUGAGUCAGGAGAAGGCACAGAUGGCGAGGACUUUUUGGCUCCCUACACUUCUGCCGUAGAGGACAAGUUAGACUCUGAGUUUGCAUCUCAGUUGAAUGAGACCAUCAAAGAAGGAGAAAUCGACUCCAACAUUCAACACUCUAGGGUCAUUCAAACGAUCACACGUGGUAGCUUCUUCCAGCUUAUCAACCCCAAGGUCAAGCCAAAGAUGUUUCUUCUCUGUAUGGACUUCAGUCCAGAGUCAAUCUUUGCACUUGAGUGGAGCUUAGGCACGGUUCUAGUUGAUGGCUCUGUACUUUUUAUCGUGUGUGUCAUUGAGGACAACGAUACUAAUCACAACUUAAAAGGCAACUCUCCCAAUGAACGAGAAACUGCUAGACUCAAUAUGCUUAAUCGUGCUAAGCAACAAGUCUUGAACUUAUUGAAGCUUACGAAGCUUCAAAUCCACAUUGUUAUUGAAAUCAUCCAUCACCCUAUUCCACGCCACCUCAUUUUGGAGUUCAUCGAUAACCUUCAGCCCACAUUGGUGGUUGUGGGCUCCAAAGGUCUGAGUGCUAUCAAGGGUGUUUUGCUAGGCUCUUUGUCUAACUACUUAGUCACAAAGUCUACGGUGCCAGUAAUGGUCGUGAGAGAGAAAUUGAAGAAGAUCAACAGGUUUAAGAACGGCUCUUCCAUUUUCUCCAACAACAUCAAACCAUUGACAUUGUCCGAAGCCAGAGUAGAUUAG